GAACUUGAACAAAACCUCCGGACUUCCCCGGAUUCCUCCCUGCUCGUGGAUAUUCUGCACAAGACUGUUCUCCACCCGCUGUGUGUGAAAUAUCCCCCUUCCACCAAGUACAGAAGAUGCUUUCUAACCGAACUCAUCAAAAAGCAUGAAUCCACAGCAGCUGAACCCCUGGAUGAACUGUAUGAUACACUGGCAGAUAUUUUAAAGGAAGAAGAAUCUACUCACUGUUACAAAAACUACUUACUGCCCACGGGAGAAUCUGUUACCCUUUCUGAGAGCGUGGCGAUAAUCUCCGGAGGAACCACGGGGCUCGUCACAUGGGAUGCUGCUCUUCAUCUCGCUGAAUGGGCAAUAAAGAACUCCACAGUUUUCAGUAACAGGACAGUCUUGGAACUGGGAAGUGGGAUCGGCUUCACUGGAAUUGCAAUCUGUAAAACCUGCAAUCCCAAGGCAUAUAUAUUUAGUGACUGCCACCCCUGUGUUCUCAAACAGCUGACAGAAAACAUCCGUUUGAAUGGCUUUGUCCUGGAGUCUGAAACUGCUCAUCUGACAGAGUCCCAGGGCCAGCAGACAGAAGCAACGAAAUACCAAAACCCAAAACUAGUUGUUGCAGAACUUGACUGGGGCUCAGUGACAGAAAAGCAACUGUUGGAUCUUCAACCUGACGUCGUCAUUGCAGCAGAUGUGAUAUAUGACCCAGAGAUAAUUUUAGCCCUGACCGGCAUGCUACAAAAACUCUCCACUUGCAGAGCAGAUAGAAAACCUCCCGAGGUCUACAUUGCUUCCGCAAUUCGUAAUCCAGACACAUAUCACCUCUUCCAGGCUGAACUUGAUAAAGUUGGGAUCGGAUGGCAGAUCAUUCCAGCCCACAGCAACAGGACUUUUCUCCAUGACAUGCAGCCAAAUGCAACUAUUCUACAGCUAUUUAUAUAG